UGGAUUGUCAUUCAGCAGAGGAUUGAUGGCUCGCAGAGUUUCAACCAAAAUUGGAACACGUACAAAUCAGGAUUUGGCAUUUACUACAUAAACUUCUGGUUGGGUUUGGAGAAGAUGCACCAAUUAACGGCAUUAGCUGAUUACAGGUUAAGAUUUGAAGUUCUCAUCAGUGGUUCUUGGUACUCCGAUGAAUAUGAUCAUUUCAAGGUCUGCACAGAAUUUCAGAAAUACUUUCUCAACGUUUCUGGAUACAGAGGAGAUAAAUGCGAUAUUCUGAACCAUCCGAACCCAAAGUUUGUUCAAAAUGGAAUGAACUUUUCUACCCCAGAUCAAGACAACGAUCCUUACGCAACAUACCACUGCGCUUUUAAGUAUUCCUCUGGGAAUUGGUACAACAAAUGUUACUACCAGCGUCUGAAUGGAGUUUAUGGUUCAUCG